GCUGCUGGUGGCACAUGAACUUAAAUAUUGUGCACUAGUACUGUACUCAAUGACACUGUACAACCCUUCAAGCCUACAAAGCCUGAUACGGAUCGAACGCGCAAAUAAUCCAAAAAGAAAAACAGGGAUUCUUCUUUUGUGUUUCUGCACCUGCGGUUCCCACACAAGUGAAAGUUGCAGUCCAGCAAUGGCAGCCCAGUCGGAAACAGAAUGGCGUACUGGUCCCUUUGACUGCUGCCAAGAUGCCCGUUCCUGUUGCUUUGGAAUGUGGUGUUGCCCCUGCCUGGCCUGCACAGUCGCAGAGAAAUUUGGAGAGAACCGAUGUCUGCCGUUAAAUGACAUCUUGAGCCCGGCUGCGUUUGCAGCCAUCGGCAUCCCUCUGUUUGCAUCCCCGGCGGGCGUUUCUUUGAGAGCAGCCAUUCGAAAAACCUACGGUGUCAGGGGGACCAUCUGUGGGGAUCUAUUUUUUUCCUGUUUCUGUGCAUGGUGCAACUGGUUUCAGAUGUACCGUGAGCUUAAGGAGCGAGCCAAAGAACCGACUGUCAUUCAUUUGCAAAGCCCAGCAAUAGAUCAGCAGCCUGCUAUCAUGGACAUGUACGCUGUUAAUCACUAUAGUUCCAUUGGCUCCCUCAUCUCCAUCCCGUAGAUCUGCAUUAGGAAAUUACAAAGCUUGAGUUUGAGGUAUUCUGGAUAAUAACGCUUCAUUUGAAUGAACUAACAGAAAGUCUAACUGUAUAUAUUUCAGUUUUGAUAUAUUGAUUUACCUAAUCCAAUAUAGUAUUUCUAAGUGUCACAAUAAAGUUAUUUCAGCAUAGAUUCACUUUUUUGAACCCCAGAAAGUUUUGUUUUAGAUAUUUGAAUUUUAUUGAAGAAGAAGUUUGAGUAUUUGAAUGAAUUCCACUCUUCUCUUCCUGGCAGUCUUGUCCGACUUUUCAGACAGUGUUCAAACCAUCAUUGACCAUCAUCUCAAGGUAAAUUAAAAUACCCUAUAUUUCCCCAGGAAAUUUCUCAUACAGUGAUACCCCAACUUAAGAGUGCCCCAACUUGAGUGUUUUGAGAUAAGAGCUGUCGCUCGGCUAAUUGUCAUGCUUUGAGUUGCAAGCAAAAAUUUUAGUUACAAGCAUCCCAGCCACUAGUUGGCGUAGUAAAUGUCACAGUGAACCGUGUAAGACCCGCCCAAAACAUCUGGUCUUACUCGCUGGCAUUAGCGUAUAGCCAGAGAUCAACACAACUUUUCUUUUUCCAAGCAGGGGAUUUUACCAUGAAUUGAUUACGUGGACCGCGAUUUAAACAAAUUGAAAAACUUAUUCGGGUGUUACCAUUUAGUGGUCAAUUGUACAGAAUAUGUACUGAACUGUGCAAUCUACUAAUAAA